AUGAUGCCGAAUCCUCCACCCGUAAACCCUUCAUACCAGCCACAAAACCAACCAGUCAGUCACAACUAUGUCGAAGAGGACGGAGUUCCCAACUUCAAGGCUCAAACCAAAGAUCCUACCAGCCGACAGUUUAUGGGAGCAGCUGUGGCUGGAGGCGUUGCUGGAACAAUGGUUGGUGGUCCCAUUGUUGGUAUUGCUGCAGCCGCGGCUGCAGCAGCAGCCACAACGGCACCAGGAAAGGGGGGAUCGGUUGCCAGAUCCGGUGGAGAAGGCGUGGCCAAAUUGGGUGACAAAGCCAAGGCACUAGACGAGAAACAUCACCUUCAAGACAAGGCAAAGGCACAAGCACAACGUGGAGUUGAAAAAGCAAAAGAAAUGGACGAAAAGCACAACCUCACUGACAAGGCCAAAGCAUCCAUGUCCAAAACUGUCGACAAGGCAAAGGAAAUAAAUCGAGAGCAUGAAAUCACAAACAAGGCCAAGAAAGGUCUGGCCAAGGGCUUUAACAAGGCGAAAGAAGUGGACAAGAAGCAUAAUUUCAGUGGAAAGGCCGCCAAGGGAAUGAUGAAGGGGGCUACUUGGGUCGUCAAGAAAUCAACCUCGACCAAAUCAUAA